UUGCGCAAAUGAGAGCAAUCCCAUGAAAAAGGAGUGCUCUCCAGAUUGUCAAAACCUGUCUGGAUUAUACUACUUCACUUUACACGUAAUUGUUCUACCCUAUCAGAAUGACAACGACGGGUUUUCAACAAAUUUGACCCUUUUUUUAGGAGAAACGUUUAUAAACGUUUGUUGCUUGUCUUAUGUGUUUGUAUUUGUUAUAGUGAAAGUCUUCCUAUGUCGAUUUGGAGCAUCAUUCGCUAAUGUCACUUUCCCCUGAUCACUAUAGCAUUGGUCAGUGACGAGUGUUACCAACCUCAAGACUCCAAAAGACCUGCUGGGACCUGAGGAGAUUUUCUUUUUGAUCUAUUUUCCAAAAUGAACCUUAUUGGGAGCUACCAGCACCAUCAUCUGAUGCAUGAGACCUUUCCAUUCGUCCAGAGGUGUCAUCAAGAUAACCCGUACUUCCAAAGCUGGGUGGUGAACCACGGCGAAGUCCCUCCUGAUUUCCAGAUCCAGUCUCCAUACUCCACGGAGUUUGGGGCUCAGGGUCCGGCUCACGACAGCCAGCUGGACGCUCCCUCAGCGCGCACCGGGAAGAGGAGAGCCUCGGGGCCGAAGAAGGAGCGGAGGAGGACCGAGAGCAUCAACACUGCGUUCGCCGAACUGAGAGAAUGUAUACCAAACGUACCGGCAGACACGAAACUGUCCAAAAUUAAAACAUUACGACUAGCAACAAGUUAUAUUGCCUACCUAAUGGACGUGCUGGCUAAAGACACUGGAGAGACCGAGGGAUUCAAUGCCGAAAUCAAGAAAUAUGAUAACAGAGAUUUGAAAAGGAAACGGGAAACGCACGAGGACCUGCAAGAGUCAUUAGGAAACGAGAAAAAGUUCAAAGGGCGGACAGGUUGGCCUCAGCAAGUCUGGGCUUUGGAAUUGAACCAGUGACUGUUCUGACGUCACUGAGCAGAGCAAGCAGCAGAAACCCACGCAGACUCCGUAUUCAAGCACUUCGCUGCCAGGAAUACAACCACUUAUAUACACAUCUAUAGGCCUUCUACGUGCAAUGUUCAAAUUCAAACACGGUAGACUUGGUGAAAUGCAAUAUUAUGCAAAUGAUUCAAAAAACUGCCUGGACACCUUUUCUUUGUCAUUUGUAUUCUUUGAUAGAAUAUAAAUGAAAGUUAGGCUAUAUAGCUUAGAAUAAAUAUGUUUGGUUGUGGAUAGGCCACAAUACUGAACGGAGAGACUGACACGGUGGUGUAUGUGUGGUGUUUCUUUAUUCUUUAACGCGGCAAUCAAUGUUCAGCACUGUUUUUUUAUGCUAUGCAUUGUCUUGUUAUAAUAGUGUCGACUUGUCGUGUUGUCUUGUUAAUAUUUUUUGGGAAUCUACCUCAAAUUAAUGUAACUGUCCCUUUGAAAUAGAAAACAAUUACAUUUAGAAGUGCAGGACAAAUGUCUGUUAAAAAAAACCGGAACGUAAUUCCAAAGGACACAGGUGGUUAAUUAUUAGACUGUAUAUUUGAAUCUGACGAAAUUGUUGUCUUUGUGUGAAUUGGAUGUAAAAGUAUAUUAAUAGAUGACUUAAUAAAUGAAUUACAUAAUUAUUCACAAAAUCGUUGUAAAACGGCAAUGAAAUCAUUCAGUGCUUCAAAAUAACGAUUAGGUAUAGGUCUUGAUUUGCAUAUCCCUAGGCUACUAUUUAUUAAUUUCCUUUAUUUGAGGAUACGUUUUCUAAGAGUACAUUUUUUUAUGUAUUGAUAUCAAUCACGUGACACAUCCGGGUAACGGUACAGUUUGGUAAAACAUUUUAGGUUACAAAUGGAACAAUUUAAUCAUAGCAAUGUGUGAAAAAUAAAAACAAAUAAAAGGUU